GGAGGAAGCGUGGAAAAGAGGACAAACGGACUCCGAGUGCUGAUAGAACUAAAAAGAGGAGUUCAAAGAGUGAAGAUGAAGAAGGCGAUGAGAGCAUUAGAGUUUGCCAUGGGAGGAAGCGUGGAAAAGAGGACAAACGGACUCCGAGUGCUGAUAGAACUAAAAAGAGGAGUUCAAAGAGUGAAGAUGAAGAAGGCAAUAAGAGCAUUAGAAUUUGUCAUGGGAGGAAGCGUGAAAAAGAGGGCAAACGGACUCCGAGUGCUGAUAGAACUAAAAGGGGGAGUUCAAAGAAGAGUGAAGAUGAAGAAGGCGAUGAGAGCCUUGGAGUAUGCCAUGGGAGGAAGCGUGAAAAAGAGGACAAACGGACUCCGAGUGCUGAUAGAACUAAAAGGAGGAGUUCAAAGAGUGAAGAUGAAGAAGGCUAUGAAUGCUUUGGAAUAUGCCAAGGGAAGAAGCGUGGAAAAGAGGACAAACGAACUCAGAGUGCUGAUAGAGCUAAAAGGAGGAGUUUAAAGAAGAGAGAAGAUGAAGGCGAUGAGAGAGUUGGAAUAUGGUAUUUGCCAAAGAGGGCAGAAGAACCCCCCGCCACCCCUAAAGGGACAAGCGGUAGAAAAUAUAUGGAUGGAUAUAUCCAAGAAGAACCCCAGCGCGAACCGCAGCGCGAACCGCAGCCCGUCGGUGCCGGCAGCAUUGAACAGCAGCCCGUCUGUGCUGACAGCAUUGAAAUAAGUUUAGUGCCUGAGAGGCCUGACGUGGAAAGAGGCGUCGUGAGGCCGCCGCCCACCCUGGCGUCGUGCAUGACGGCUCCGUGCAAAGGCGUGUUCUGUUUGACGGGCUUCCUGGUUCUGUUCAGCUGCAUGGUGAUCGGCCUGGCCGUCGUUAACUCCAAGCUGGAUCAGGUCAGGAACCAGCUGAGCGCCACCGAAGACGUCCGGCGCCGCAUGAACAAGAUCCUGUUUGAGCAACGGCAGCUCGUUGACAAGCACGAGAGCAUCUUGCUGGAGGUGGAGCGCUCUAUAGGACUGAUCGCCAAAUCCACCAAACAAGUGGUCUUGCUGGAAAAGGUCAAAGUGGAGUACCAGCUACUGAACAACACUUGUGUGAGUCCCCUGAAUGAAUGCGUGAAGAAGACGGAGACCGCGGUCAUGGAACUGCAAAAGACCAAGGCCGAUCUGACCACCAACUGGAAAACGUGCGAAAACAUUCCGUCAUCAGUAAGAACCAUCGAGGCAAACCAUAAGAACCUGACGGAAGACCAGUUGGAGAUUUUGAAUAUACAGCGCACAAUGCAGGGACUGCUGCGUGCCAUCGCCUGUGGCAACGACGUGAAAGGGCGCAUGAGUUGCAAACCUAAAUGAGAGUACAACACAAAUAACAGGCAAAAAGUUUACCUCUCGGGUUUUCUUGGGGUCCACUGCCGUCUGAGAGGUCCCCAAGAACCUUCACGAGCCGAGGCACAUACAGUCUUGGGUGGUCUCAGGGGCGGAGCUUCAGAGGUGGUGGGGAAGCCGCCCCGCCCCGCAGGGAAGUUGGUCACGACGGGCCCCUUACCUGGCUCCGGGCUGGGCACCGAUGAAAGAGCCGGACGUGUGUCAGGCUGCCCAGGUCAGGAGGUUUGUGGCGUUAUCCCGAUAUGUAUGUGGAGUUACCCUGAAAUGUAUGUGGAGUUACCCUGAAAUGUAUGUGGAGUUACCCUGAAAUGUAUGUGGAGUUACCCUGAAAUGUAUGUGGA